AAUGCCUCCAUGGGUGGCUUUCGUGCAGCGAUCAACGUGCCUCCUAAGUAGAAGAGGAAUUAGCCGAUCUACAUCCUUCAUAAGCUAUCGCAAUACGCCAAUUCGAGCACCUCCGCCAUGCUCGAACCUCCGGAUCCGUUUCGCCUCGACACAAGUUUCUCCGACAGCGAUAAAUGCGGGCCCCAGUAUUCCCCCGCGAAAGAAAGAGCUCUACAAUGCCCUGUCGGAACUGAGUGAUGCAGCGGAGACGUAUGUUAAUAUUAGCAGGCUUCAAUUGGCUCUGCGAGGGUUGUCAGUGGAAGAUCCUGUCGUUCGGGUUGCGGUACUCUCUCUGAGCGAUCAAAGAUGCGCACAGAAGCUCGUCCGAUUACUACUCGCGGAUCCAUUGAGUGCGGAAGGACUCUGGGAGAAACUGUUGGAGGCAUCAGAGGAUGAGGUCGGGAGAGCAGUUUUGUUGCGGUACGGAGACGAAACCGAUGCGCACCCUCCAAAUCCGCUAUUCAAAAUCCUCUCGAUCCCAUCACGAACCCUACAAGCAUACAAUCUGGAAGUUCUCGUGUCUACCUUAAAUGCCGAUCUCUCGGGAUCUGGUACACCUUGCGCGUCAGAGGAACCGGGUGAUGCCAUCAUAGUCCCGAAACUACAGGCUUCAUUAGUCAGGAGUAGUCCAUCUCCAUACCCGGUACAUAAAACCUUGGUGCUCGGCGAGGGGAUCGACAGCGCGGUGGCGUAUGGCAGAUAUGCAAAUGACAGCCUUUGUGAUAUGAAAGGUAUUGUUAAACUUGCCAUUGACGCACCUGCGUCUUUAGACGAGACGUCUUUGAAUGAGGAGAAUACAUGCUCCUUGGUGAACCUUACCACGGGCACCAAAGCAUUGGCAAGCUUCAGAGAGUCAAUUGCAAACUCAAGAAUCUAUGAAAAAGGGUGGCAUAGUAGCGGUAUGCCUAACUUAUCACACUGGCUUAUCCAAGGACUUCACCCAUCUGGUUCACAAUUAAAGCCGGCAAUCAAACAGUUCAUCGAAUCUGUCACGGAUGAUAUCGAGGCCAAUAUCAUGAGAGAAGCUGCACACCAUCGAGAGAAAGCUGCAAUAGCAACCACGCCUCGACAAGAAGCCGCAUCCAUUCUCAAGCACCUCGAUUCCUGGGCGGAAACUGCGCAUACAGAACUCCGAGACCAGCUAGAUGAAGCAUUUGAGGCUCGUAACUGGCAUAAGAUUUCGUGGUGGAAACUUCUCUGGCGUGUGGACGAUGUUGGGAUGAUCACGUCCGAGAUAUUAGAGCGUCGGUGGCUAGUAGACGCAGAGAAGAAUUGCAUAUACCUGGCUGGCCGCAUAAACCAAGCCGGGUUCCCCGAAAACAUUCAAUCGCUCCAACCCACCUCCCCUCUCCCGCAGGCUGGAGCCAAUGAACAAUUCUUGCAAAACAACCCAUCGUCCUCGACUCCAAUUCCGCUGGACCAAGAAACCCCUUUAACGAAAAUAUCGACAGAACGCCGGUCAUCACAGCCGUGGCGCUCUCAAAUCUCCGUAUCCCGCACCUCUCUCCUUCAAGAAACCGUCCCACACCUCCAAGCCCUCGCCCAACGCCUCGUCCUCACCACCCUCUCCACAACUUCCCUUUCCACCGCUCUCUCGGCUCUCUUUUAUGUCUCAAUACCGUCUUUCAGCGUUUUUGAAGCCAGCGCUAUUGCAGCUCUAGGCUUUGUGUAUUCACUUCGACGGAUGCAGAAGUUGUGGGAGAGGGCGAGGGGGCUUUGGCAGGCGGAGGUUAGAGAGGAGGGGAGGAAGACGUUGAAAGUUGUGGAGGAGGGGGUUAGGGUGAUUGUGGAAGGGUAUGAGAGACCAAUUGUUGAAGAUGUGGGGGUUGAAAGGAGGAGGAGGGCGAGGGAGGUGGUUGGGAAGGUUAGAGAGGCGUUGGGGAAGGUGUAGGGUGAAGAUAUUGAUGUAUUGGUUUUUGUUGUGUAUGUU